CAACAAAGUACAAACAGUACCAAAGUUACCAAAUACUAACAAUAAAAAUCAAAGCUCAAAGAGAGAAUCGAACACUCUCUUUCUAUUUUUCGUGUACAAACUGGAAAAAUACCAAAGAGAGCUUCCAAUUUUGUUCUUAAUUUUAGCUGAUUUGGGUCAGAUCUGAGGGAAUUGACGGUUGAAGAGAAAGUAAAGAAGAAGAAGAAGAUGUUGACGAAGUUUGAGACGAAGAGCAAUCGAGUGAAAGGACUGAGUUUCCACACUAAGAGGCCUUGGAUCUUAGCCAGUCUACACAGUGGUGUGAUCCAAUUAUGGGACUAUCGAAUGGGGACUUUGAUUGAUCGAUUCGACGAACAUGACGGCCCUGUUCGCGGUGUCCAUUUCCACAUGUCUCAACCUUUGUUUGUCUCUGGAGGGGAUGACUACAAGAUAAAGGUCUGGAACUACAAGUUGCAUAGAUGUGUUUUUACCCUUCUUGGACAUCUUGACUAUAUUCGAACUGUGCAGUUUCAUCAUGAGAAUCCUUGGAUUGUGAGUGCCAGUGAUGAUCAGACUAUCCGCAUAUGGAACUGGCAGUCACGAACUUGUAUCUCUGUGUUAACUGGUCAUAAUCAUUAUGUUAUGUGUGCAUCAUUCCAUCCUAAAGAGGACCUUGUCGUGUCGGCCUCCCUUGAUCAGACUGUUCGAGUUUGGGAUAUUGGUUCCUUGAAUAAGAAAACUGCCUCUCCAGCAGAUGAUAUUUUACGUUUCAGUCAGAUGAACUCAGAACUUUUUGGUGGCGUUGAUGCAGUUGUUAAAUAUGUGUUGGAAGGUCAUGACAGAGGAGUAAAUUGGGCUGCAUUUCAUCCCACCUUACCUUUGAUAGUCUCUGGAGCAGAUGAUCGCCAAGUGAAAUUAUGGCGUAUGAAUGAGACAAAGGCUUGGGAAGUGGAUACCUUUAGAGGACACAUGAAUAACGUAUCAUGUGUUUUGUUCCAUUCCAAAUUAGACAUCAUUGUAUCUAAUUCCGAGGAUAAAAGUAUUCGUGUGUGGGAUGUAACAAAGAGAACUGGACUUCAAACUUUCCGUCGAGAACAUGACAGGUUCUGGAUUCUUGCUGUUCAUCCUGAAAUGAAUGUUUUGGCAGCUGGACAUGACAGUGGCAUGAUUGUAUUUAAGCUAGAGAGAGAGCGUCCUGCUUUUGCAGUGAGUGGGGAAUCUCUUUUUUAUGCCAAGGAUCGGUUUUUAAGGUGUUAUGACUUUUCAACUCAAAGAGAGGCACAAGUUAUUCCAAUUCGACGGCCUGGUUCCGCAAGUCUGAAUCAAAGUCCAAGAACUCUUUCCUACAGUCCUACUGAAAAUGCUGUUCUUAUCUGCUCAGAUGUGGAUGGAGGAUCUUAUGAAUUGUAUGUGAUACCAAAAGAUAGCUUUGGCAGGGGAGAGAUGCAGGAGGCAAAGAAAGGUCUUGGUAGCUCUGCUAUAUUUGUAGCUCGUAACCGGUUUGCUGUUCUUGACAAAGGCAACAAUCAAGUCUUGAUCAAGAAUUUAAAGAAUGAGGUGGUUAAAAAGAGUGGCCUUCCAGUGCCUACAGAUGCAAUAUUUUAUGCUGGAACAGGUAACUUGUUGUGUCGAUCAGAGGAUAGAGUAGUGAUAUUUGAUCUCCAGCAGAGGCUUGUUCUUGGUGAUCUUCAAACCCCUUUGGUGAAAUAUGUUGUUUGGUCUAAUGACAUGGAGAAUGUUGCUUUACUCAGCAAGCAUACAAUUGUCAUAACUAACAAGAAGCUUGUUCACCGGUGCACUCUUCAUGAGACAAUACGUGUAAAGAGUGGAGCCUGGGAUGACAAUGGUAUUUUUAUCUACUCCACCCUCAACCAUAUAAAAUACUGCCUCCCGAAUGGAGAUUGUGGAAUAAUUCGAACGCUUGAGGUUCCAAUAUACAUAACAAAGGUUUCUGGAAAUACUAUAUUUUGCUUGGAUCGUGAUGGGAAGAAUAAGGCUAUAGUCAUUGAUGCUACUGAAUACAUUUUCAAGCUCUCUCUGCUUCGGAAGAGAUAUGAUCAGGUUAUGAGUAUGAUAAGGAACUCUCAGCUAUGUGGUGAAGCCAUGAUUGCUUAUCUGCAACAGAAAGGGUUUCCUGAGGUGGCUCUCCAUUUUGUGAAAGAUGAGAAAACACGCUUUAAUUUGGCUCUCGAGAGUGGGAACAUUCAAAUUGCUGUUGCAUCAGCUAAGGAGAUCGAUGACAAAGAUCAUUGGUAUAGAUUGGGUGUGGAGGCCCUUCGCCAGGGCAAUGCAGGUAUAGUGGAAUAUGCCUACCAGAGGACAAAGAACUUUGAGAGGCUGUCUUUUCUUUAUCUCAUAAAUGGUAACCUAGAAAAGCUGUCCAAGAUGCUGAAAAUUGCGGAAGUUAAGAAUGAUGUUAUGGGUCAAUUUCACAAUGCUUUGUAUCUUGGCGAUAUAAAGGAACGUGUUAAGAUCUUGGAGAAUGCUGGUCACUUGCCUCUUGCUUAUGUUACAGCAUCAGUCCAUGGGCUACAGGAUGUGGCUGAUAGGUUAGCAGCUGAGUUGGGAGAUGAUGUCCUUCCUUUGCCAACAGGGAAGGAACCGUCCUUAUUGAUGCCUCCAACCCCCGUUGUGUCUGGUGGUGAUUGGCCUCUUUUGAGAGUUAUGAAAGGCAUAUUUGAAGGUGGAUUGGAUAGUAUUGGCAGGGGUGGUGUGGAUGAAGAGGAGGGUGCAGAAGGUGAUUGGGGUGAGGAUCUUGAUGUGGUCGAUGUUGAUGGCUUGCAAAAUGGGGAUGUUGCUGCAGUUCUGGAAGAUGGGGAAGUGGCUGAAGAAAAUGAAGAGGAGGGUGGAUGGGACCUUGAAGACUUGGAACUCCCUCCUGAGGUUGAGACACCAAGGGUUUCUAACAAUGCUCGUUCAUCUGUUUUUGUGGCACCAACUCCUGGUAUGCCUGUGAGUCAAAUUUGGACUCAAAGAUCAUCUCUUGCUGCUGAUCAUGCAGCAGCAGGCAAUUUUGAUACAGCAAUGCGUUUGCUGAGCAGGCAACUUGGAAUAAGAAAUUUUGCUCCUUUGAAAUCCAUGUUUCUUGAUCUUCAUGCUGGCAGCCAUAGCUAUCUUCGUGCACUUUCAUCUGCUCCUGUGGUGUCAUUGGCAAUUGAGAGGGGAUGGAGUGAGUCUGGUAGUCCUAAUGUGAGGUCUCCACCGGCCCUCGUGUUCAAUUUUUCUCAGUUGGAUGAAAAGCUGAAGGCUGGUUACAAGGCAACAACGGCUGGAAAAUUCACCGAGGCUCUUCGGCUCUUUCUCAGCAUUCUUCAUACGAUUCCAUUUAUUGUUGUGGAAUCAAGGAGGGAAGUUGAUGAAGUCAAGGAGUUAAUUAUUAUCGCUAAGGAGUACGUUCUUGGUAUGCAGAUGGAGCUUAAGCGAAGAGAAAUGAAAGACAAUCCAGUCCGCCAACAGGAGCUUGCUGCCUACUUCACCCACUGCAACCUUCAAUUGCCUCACCUAAGACUUGCUCUGUUAAAUGCAAUGACAGUCUGCUACAAGGCAAAGAACCUGGCUACAGCAGCUAACUUUGCCAGACGUCUACUAGAAACAAACCCCACAAAUGAGAAUCAAGCUAAGACCGCGAGGCAAGUGCUACAAGCUGCUGAGAGGAAUAUGACCGAUGCCUCUCAACUAAACUAUGAUUUCAGAAACCCAUUCGUGACAUGUGGGGCAACUUAUGUACCAAUUUACAGAGGACAGAAGGAUGUAUCAUGCCCAUAUUGCACCGCUCGCUUUGUACCUAGUCAGGGUGGACAAUUGUGUACGGUUUGUGAUCUUGCAGUGGUCGGGGCAGAUGCUUCAGGGUUGCUUUGUUCGCCUUCACAGGUACGAUAAAAAGCUUCCAAAUUUUAAUAUACUUUUGAACUGUAUUCUGCUGAUCCUUAUGUCUGCAAAAACGUUCACGUUGAUCGAUUCAUAUCUUCUAUUCCGUUUUUUCUUUUUUUUGUCUUUAUUCCCUUAAUAGAGUUCCUUAGGAUUUCAUAUGCAAGAACGUAACUGGAAUUAUAGAAUUUUCAGUCUAUUCUGGUAUAAUUGUUCAGCUGUUUCAUAUUUCAUAGACAAGAAUGGCAUAGUUGUGGAGGCCUUGCUAAUGGAUUAUAUGUGACAUGUAGAACUUGAACACAUAAGGUUUGAUGUUGCGAUUUAAGUGAUAUUCAUUCUUCUGAGUUUUGAUUGGUUGGCCCCUCAA